UUUUUGGAGCGAGAAGACGGUAGCGGAUAGCAAGAUUCAUUCGUGGGGUGAGAAAGCGGGCGGCUAUGAACGCUAUACGGCCACCAACAGCACCACCGCGUCACUCACGAGCUGGAGGGGCCAGAGGAGGAGGAGCAGGAGGACGUAAGACGGUGGGCAGCGUGCUUGCCAAAGUUGGCGGUCUGACAGCACAGCCUGGGGGACCGGGCGCUGCAGACAAAUAGCGUGCACUAGCCAUGGACUCGGUCUCGGCCACAUGUGAGGAGGAGGGUAAUCAGGGGUAAGGGGAAGGAUGAGAAGCUGGGGCCACGAGGUGGCUGCCGAAACUCACAGCUGAGGGCCUGGACAUUGCAAGGCUCACCGGUAAGGUGCGCGCCGACAGACCACCCAGAUAGCCCUGGCUGGCCUUGACAUGCCCCAGUGCCCGCUGGGACUGCCCAGGGGGGAAGGCUGUCUGCGCGUAAGCCGAAGACUUCCCAGCCGCGAGAUGGCAACCUAAUCGGUCGGAGCCGAGGGUCUGUACAUCGCACGAUUUACCGAAUUCGGGGAGACAUAAGACUCGGUCUUACCCAUCGGUCGGAAUAAGUAGGUAGAAACAUGAAGUUGGAAGUCGUUUAAAAUAUACUGGGUGCCCGCCCGCCGCCUGAAGAGGACGGAAAAGCUGAAGCCACUCGAUCAUUGAAGUAGGAAGGCGCCCAAAGUAGAUUGGAAUCUGGGAAUCCAUAGAUACCUCCUUUCAGCGACCAAAUGGGUACGCUUCCCCGACAUGUGGACGCGGCUGCGGCCCGCCCGCGCGACACGCCCGCGCGGCGCGCAGCACGUCACCACUGCCAGCGACACUGGAGGCCUCCUGGAUAGGCGACAGCCUACCAGACCACCCCAGUCCAUCCGAAGACCCAAAUUUCGGGUUGGCUGCCGACGCGCCGUCGGCCGGGCGGCGCCGCGCGGGGCCUCUGCCUGUGCGCGUGCGCGCGUGCGGCGCCCGAGGCCGCGCCUUGAGCGAGCGCGCCCGGCGACAAGCAAUGAAAGGUACCAGAGGAGGAGGAGAAGGACGAGGAGGAGGAGGACGAGGAAGAGGGGAAGAGGAGGAGGAAAAGAAAGAAAAAGAGAGCCUGCGCGUGCGCGCGUGCGGCAUCCGAGGCCGCGCCUUGGGCGAACGCGCCCGGCGAUAAGCAAUCAAAGGUACCCCUAACCCUUUGGGAGGGGACCUAUAAGUUGGGAGGGCCGAGAGCACGAGGGACAAGGGGGUCUUUCCUGCAGAUGUGUCAGAACAGGGCGCUCGGCGUCGGAAUUAUAUUAGCCCCGGUGCGAAGACGGGUACCUGAGUGAGGCCACGUCUGCAUCGGA